AUGUCAACAACAAGAAGAGCAAUUUCUUUUGCUGGGGGCGGAUUCAUGACUAUAUAUCACGUUGGAGUGCUAGAAGCAAUAGCAGAGGAAGGUGCAAGGAAGCAGAAAUUAACAAAAAAGAAGAAAAAGAGACGUGGAAGUAAAGCCAUGAUAAAACCAAGCAGUCAUGAUCAUUUUGCUGGAAGCAUCCUUUCAAGACUUGGUAUGCUUUACGGAGCCAGUGGUGGUGCAUUUAUUGCAGUGAAUAUAGCGUGUGGAAUGUCACCAAAGAUAGCAAUGGAAUUCAUAGUGGACCUGCAUGAAAGGGCAGUCUCGUUUGGUUGCUGCUGGGGCAGGUUUGGUACAUUUCAUCCAAGAUUUCAACUCGUCAGAAGAACUAGAGAAUUCUUUGAGAAGUACUUACCGCCUGAUGCACACAAGAAAUGCAGUGGCAGAGUGGGAGUGUCAAUGACCGUACUGCCAUCAAUGGAGAAUAAAAUCAUCACUGAAUUUAACACCAGGGCUGAGCUAAUACAAGCUUUGAUAUGCAGUGGAUUUGUACCGUUAUUCUCUGGUUAUAAAAUACCAAAAUUUAGAGGAAAGUAUUGCUGUGAUGGGGGUCUCUCCUCUAAUCUACCAUACAGUACUGAUCCAAGUGUAAUAACAGUAUCACCAUUCACUGGUGAAUGUGAUAUAUGCCCACCAGCUGAUAAUGAAUCCUAUUAUCAAUGUUACUUCUUUGGACAAACUAUGAACAUAAAUACUGGCAAUAUGUAUCGUGGUAUUGGAUCAUUGCUACUGCUACCAUGGAAAGAAAUGGAAAUCAUUUAUAAACAAGGUUACACUGAUGCUGUGAACUUUCUCAGGAAAGAAAGCUAUCAAAAAUACUAUUUAUAA